CAAUCUUAUGGCCCUCUCCAUAUUUAUCUCUUCUCCAUAAGUUUAUCCAUUGGUUAAAAUCUUCUUUACAUGGAUAAUAUAAAUUGAGAAACAAGGUCAAAGGAUUUCUCAAACUCAUCAAUAAAACAUUCUCACAAGCAACGAUCAAACAACAAUGGCAACUUCUAUGAUCCAUAUAUUCGUCACCGUCAUGCUCGUGGCCGCCCACACGGCCAUCGCCGAAACAAUGAUGCUUCAAGAUUUUUGUGUUGCCGAUCUCUCCAACGGGGUGAAAGUCAACGGAUACCCUUGCAAAGACCCAGCAAAAGUAACGCCAGAGGACUUCUACUUCGUAGGCUUAGCCAAUGCUGCAGCCACAGCCAACAGCACAAUGGGCUCAGCUGUUACAGGAGCCAACGUUGAGAAAGUGCCUGGCCUCAACACUCUGGGAGUCUCCAUCUCUCGGAUCGACUACGCACCAGGCGGAAUCAACCCGCCACAUCUUCACCCAAGAGCCUCUGAAGCCAUCUUCGUCCUCGAAGGCCGUCUCUUCGUCGGUUUCUUAACCACUACCGGGAAACUUAUCUCCAAAUACGUCAACAAAGGAGACGUUUUCGUUUUCCCCAAAGCUCUCCUACAUUUCCAGCAGAACCCUAACAACGCUCCUGCUUCCGUCAUCGCUGCUUUCGAUAGUCAGCUUCCAGGGACUCAAGUCGUUGGACAGUCUCUGUUUGGUGCUAACCCGCCUAUUCCUGAUGAGCUGCUCACCAAAGCGUUCGGCGGGCUUGGAGCACCAGAGAUUCAGAAGUUAAAGGGAAAAUUCCCACCCAAGAAAUAAAUAAAUAGGUUUCAGACCACAGCAAUAACGUAAUAAAUGAUACAGUGAUGAACAUAAAAACUGUAAACUUGUAAGCAAAAGCAAAAAAGCUUUGCAACUUUUCUUCUUCUUUUUGUAUUUUUAUAAAUUGUUGUAGAUACUAUUUUGGCUAUAUUUGGCCCAUUGAUUACAAUGAGACCAGUUUUCAACGAGUA